CUAGGCCCGUCGCCGAGCCAGAGCGCAGCCGAGGCCCAGCAUGCCGGCCAAGAGGAGCCAUCAAGGGUCGUCCGGAGGCCAGAGGCAGGCCCGCUCCCGCACCGCCCGAGCCGAGCUGUCGUUCUCCGUGAGCCACGUGGAGCGCCUCCUGCGCGAGGGCCGCUACGCCCGGCGCCUGGGCUCGUCCGCCCCAGUCUUCCUAGCGGCCGUCAUCCAGUACCUGACGGCCACCGUCCUGGAGCUGGCGGGCAACGAGGCCCGGAACUGCGGCAGGACGUGCAUCACCCCGGAGCUCGUGGACAUGGCGGUCCACAACAACGCGCUGCUCAGCCGCUUCUUCGAGUCCACCACCAUCUCCCAGGUGGCCCCGCCCCACGACUAGCUGCCG